GUGCCCCGGCUCGCCCUGGUGCACGCUGUCGCUGACAGGAUGAAGCUGCGGCAGGUCUCCGACUUGAGUGACUUCAGCCGAGGCCACAGGCUGCGGGAGUUGCUGUGCCGCGGAGAAGGGCCCAGCCACAUCCAGUCCAGCCCCGACGGGCAGCACCUCCUGCUCCUGCAGAAGAGCCGGCCGCCCACCCUGCCGCGGGUGGUGGCCUUCCAGCGCCACAGCAUCGCUGGAGCCGACCUGGAGAGGAGCUGGCAGCCGCCCCAGCCAGCCCUUGUGGGACUGCUCUUCCUGCAGAGCCCUGUGGUCCUGGGCUCCUGGGUACUGGCCGUGGUGUGGGAACAUGGCCGGACCGAGGUUUGGCACUUUGUGGUGGCCGUGGGCUGGCAGCUGCUGCAGACACUGGAGCUCUGCCAGGGUGCCCGGGCACGAGUCGUGUCCGUGUGCAGCCAGGGAGCCAGCCUGGUGUGGUGUGAGGAGAGGCCGCCGCUGGGUGCUCACUCGGACAUCAGCAAGUGUGCCUUCAGGUUCUGUGUCUGUGCCCGCGCUCUGGAGGUGGGGGAGCAAGGCGUGCGGCUGGGCCCUGUGAGGAUAGUCCUGCACAACAGCCCCGAGUACCAGGUCCUGGCCUCUCCCCAGCACGUCUUCCUAGUGCCUGCUGCUGCCGGCUUCGCCACCACUUCCAAAUUCCUCCUAAUCUGGCAGCCAGAGAAAGCAGAGUUCACCAUCACAGCCCCCUCUGCAGGCUUCAUCCACAGCAAGGUGCUGCGCUCCAGCAGCGAGUCAGACUUCAGAAAGCUCCUGCUGGGUUCUGUGGGCCUUCUCUCAGGUUUUGCGCCUCUGGACAUUCACACCUCCACUGUGUCCAACAGUGGGGGUCUGCUGCUGGUGAGCACAAAGGGUUCUGUGAGUAUGGUGGAGCCAGAUGGGACACAGAGGCAUAUCUUUGACCUGGAUGGCAGUCCCCUUGCCCAAGGGAGUCCUGUCCAGCUGAAGACCUUUGGCAGCAUCCUGGCCUGUGUGCUGGCUGGAGUACUGUAUCUUGUUGACCAGAACAGUGGAAGGCUUGUAGAAAAGGAAGUCCUGAGCAUGAAAGAGGUGCAUUUCCUGGAGUCCCAGGGAGAGGACAAUAUCCAGCUCCUCAGUCAGACUGGCAUCUACAGCUUUAGCUUUUCCAAACCUGAGGAUGGUAGCAGGCCUGAGCCAUGCCUGGUGGAGAUGGUGUUUGAGGAGGCCUGCAGAUAUUACCAGAGGAGGAGCCUCAGCAGCUCCAAGCUGACAGUGGAGAAGUUGAAGAAAGGUGGUACAUUCCAGGCUCCUGUGGUCCUCGCUGCCAUCCUGCAGCACAGCCUCCACCAGAAGCAGAAGCCAGCCCAAGGCCUACAAGACACUUACGCCAAGCUGUUGAGCACAAUGAGCCUGGAGCUGCAGAGCUACAUGAGCCUGGAACUCCUCAAGACUUGUGUAGUGUGUGCCCCAGAGAGUGAGGUGGAAAGCUACUGCAAGGAGCUGGUGGAGCAGGAGGUCAGCCGCAUUCUGCAGUCUGACAUGGACAAGGACAACUUGGCCUAUUUGAACUCUGUCUUUGCCUCCUUCCCCAAGGCUGCCUGGAAAGCCAUAAGGAGCUGCCUCCAGCUGCAGCAGAAUGGGGAUGGCCUCUUGGUAGCCAGGGCCACCCCAGAGGUAUGGAAGAAGGUCCUGUGUCAGCCGCAGCUGGAGGAGGUGGGUCAGAAUGGGAUGGUCCCACUCUUUGAGCUCAUUUGCGCCUCCUUCCUGAGGUUCAAACCCAAGUGGUUGCCCAGCUUUGUAGAGCUGACCCAGCAGUAUGUUAGCAGCUCUUGGUCAUACAGCAGCAAGGAGGGCCCAGAGGGCCGGGUGCCUCUGUACAAGAGAGCACUGGGAGUGCUGGCCCGAAAGAGCAAGCACAGCGAGGCAGAUGACGAGAUGGAGCUGGAACUGCUGCUCUGCAGCAAGAGGCCUAAGGCUGUGCUGCAAGCUCUGCACCUUCUCAUCCGUUUGAAGCAGUGGCAGAGGGUGGUGGAGGUGGCAGAGAAGUUCUCCAAACUCAGCCACUUGCUAAACAAGGAGAUAUUCAUCACACUGCUGGCUGAGUUUGCCCAGCACCGGGAGCUGGACCCUUACCUGGACAGGAUCUGGCCGCUGUGCCCUGCUGAGCUCACUGCCUCAGACAUCCUCACCAUGGUCCUGCAGCACCUCCCCCAUUCCCAGGAGGACCCAGUGCCUUUCUCCAGUGAGGGGAACCAGCUGACUGUGGGCUUGCUUAAGCCACUGCUGCAAAGGGUUUUGCAGCGUCCCAGUGUCCAGGAUGAGAUGUACUCAGAUGCCCUGCAGAGCACCACCUUCCCCCCUCCCACCCCACCCCGAGAGCACAAAAUCCCCUCAAAAGCUGUGGCUGAUGAUGUUCCUCAGCCAUCCAUGGCAAGGACUUCGUCGCCCUCGGCACUGCUACAGGAUGACAGUGUAUGAAGCAGGGAAGGACAAUGUCAUCCCAAGCCCUGGGUGCACAAGGAAGGGAAAUCCUGUGUUGGCAGUACAGAAGGCUGCUCCCUUCUGAAGCAUCCCUGCAGCAGCAUCUCGAAGAGCCUGUUGGGUGGCUGGGAUUGGGGGAAUCUCCUCUUAGCCAGGGUAGGCUUUCUGGUUAUUCCUAGCAAGUGCAAUUGUGUGUGUGCCAGUGGAGGAGCAAAUGCCAGGUGCAUUUGCAGAUGAAAACACUGGCUACACUACAGGACUACAGAGCUGCUCCCUGCCCAAAGCACUUUGUUUUUGGUUUGUUUGGCUCCCUUUUAAGUCCACUUCUUCCCUGAUCCUCCAGUACUGGUGGUGGAGUGGUAGGCCGGGAUACACAGUCUUUCUGCCCCAUUCUCUCCUCAGUGAGUUGGGUGGUACCUCUAAGCUCAGCCUGUGAGAAACAGGGCAUGUUUCUUGCAGCUGGGUCACUGAGUCCCACUGCUUUGGGCUCAGUCAGAUGCUAAAUGCCAGUGUGGCACAGCUCCAUGGCACCGGGGGUCCCAGCACACAUGCUGGCAGUUGCAGCACUCCACACUUUGUCUUGCCACAAUUCCUCUGGGAUCAAUCCUGUAGCUGUGACUGAUUGCAGCUACUUAGCUGAAAAGAGCAGCCUAAUUCCCUUAUCUCUCUGUCCCAGACAGUACCCAAACUCUCUUCUGAGCUGAGAAGCUUGCAGCAGCCUGUGUGAACUUGGCGCUGGCCCUGCCUUUCCCUUUCCUUUGUGGAAGCUUAGAUUAUGCUGCAGGACACCCGAGCCCUCUGUUCCCAUCUCCUCUACCUUUGCCCUUUGCAUACAAAGGGGCUUUGUCAGGGUUGUCUGGCUCAUAUUGUGCCUCUGUUUGCAAAACCAAUGUAACUUGAGAGCAGUUUGUGCAGGAAGAUCCAGCCUCUCUCAGGUGCCCAGUGCCUGGCCCCCUCCACCAGGAGGGAGACCCUGGCUGUGGCUUUGCCUCUGCAUUCUGGGCUGUGGUGUAAAGGAGGCGCCUGUUGCCUUGUUGGGCUGCGGGAAGUUCACAUACAUUAAUCCUCUUGAGAGUGGUCUUAAGUGUGGAAGACAGACUCCUUUUAAAAAUAAAAGUUCCUAAAGCACUGCUGAGGUCGUGGUGGUGAAUGUUCUGAGGGUACACACCCUCAGGAGGAGGGCAGUCUUGUUUUGCCUCUAGUGAAAAAUGGCCAGGCUCAUUUCUCUGGUGCUGCCCAGCAUGGCUCACAACUGGGCUCAGAGAGCAUGCCCAGGUAGCCCAUUCCCUCGGUGGUACUCGGCUGCUUAGCACUGUGAAGCCAUGGAGGCAGGAGUUUGCACAGGCAGCCUGGAGCGUGUGUGCCACAGGGAAGAGCCAUCCAGGCUGUGCAUGGCUGUGGCUGGGCCCAGCAGAGAGUUGAGGAAGGGAGGAUUUUUUUUUUCAAGAGCUGCAAAUUGUUUAUUUUUUAGGAAAACUAGCAACAGAGAACACCUGGCUGGCCCAGCAAAAUCCUGCUGCCAGGCACAGUGUCAGAGCUGCCGUUGGAGAGAUUAUUAUUUGGGAAUCUACUGUAAAGAUGUGGCAGAGUCUCCCCCAGAGAAGGGUUUGGCUGUGGAAAGUCCCUGUGGUGGAAAAAGGCCUGGCAAAGAGGAAGAGGAACUGCUGCAAUGGUUCCCUAGAAACUGGCUGGUUAUUGAUGAGACCUUCCUUGGAGGGGGAUGGCCUUGUGCUGUGGCCAUGGGACACUGUGAGUUUCCCUCACUCUGGCAGCUGCCACAAACAUGAGCGGAGGGAGCGUGGCCUGAAAGAAGAGCUGGUGGCAUCCACUGUGAGCAUUUUGUAUUGAGCUGUCUUUGCCUCCUCUCCAGGCAGCUGCUGGCCUUGCCUGACACUGGUCUCACCCACCUCCCAGGGCUGCUCAGGAGGAGGAUGAUGGAUGGACCUCAACACCACUUAGAGCCUUGGCUUCCGGGAUUGGAACACUGCCCUGGAGCUGCACUGAAUGGGGAGCUGCUGAGAGCAAGCCCCACACUUUGGCAAAGGCUGUGCAGUCAUUUGGGGAGGACAUCUUCAUUUCCAGGGCUGUGUUUGGGUGCAGGUAGCCACAGUGAAUAAGGGUCAAGCACCCUGCCUUCCAGCACUGGCUCUGCAGAGAAGCAGAGCAGGGAAGAAGCAAUUCCCACAAAGCCAGCAAGCAGAAACUGAAGCCAGCAGGAGUCCUGUGUGAGCUGGCAUCCCCAAGGCACAGCAAGGGAAGAGGAAGUGGGGAAAAUGAUGCAGUAGGGACAGCCUCAGACUUGGGGGCAGAAACCUCCAUGUAUGGGCUCUAGACAAACAGGAAGUAGUCAGAAUUCUGGAGGCUGAGGGUCCAGGGCAGAGGAAAACAAGGCAAAACAGAGCUGAAUGCUUUCCAAGGGGUUGCUGGAUAUCUCACUCCAAGAACCAGGAAGGGUGGGAAACCCUGGGGGAAGCAGGGGCCAAACCAAUGUGAAGGACAGAUUCAGCUGACUGACAGGCAAGCACAGGGCUCUCUCUGCAGUCAGACUGCUGGGGGAGACAGCAGGAGGUAAGACCCGUGCAGUUUCAGAUAAAGCCUGAAGGAGAAACUAGCAAUUAGAUCUGAAGGCAAGUGGAAAAAGCAAUAAGAAGAGAUGCACGUAGUGGAGAGGGAGUGGCCUGGCCCUCUCAUUCUGCUCCAAAGAAACUUGGACUUUGCAACAAAGGAAAUGAGUCAAGCUGCUCGCGUAUAUCCCCUGUGCCUGACACGGCUUUUGGGAUGGUCCCUGCACUUGCACCAGGGAGCAGCACAAAGCAAUGCCUGGACUCACCCCAAGGCUCUACUAGACCAAGUUGCCCUUUAUCUGUGCAUGCAGCUCUUUCUAUGCAGAGCAUGGGGUGUGCAGGGUUGGCCACAGAAAAUAUCCAUGCCGCCAUAUCUUGCUGAAGGAAGGAGGUGUGGGCUGCAGUCACCCCAUAAACUCACUGGAAAUCCACAGAUGAUACAUACUAGGGUAUCUAUGCCAGAGGGAAGAGCUCAUGUGCUGGGGACAGCUUGGGGUAACACUUCAUGGACAGGAGACUUUAUGUAGCUUGUCCCAGGGAGGGACUUGGCACUCACCCAGUCAGAGGUGCAAAGGGCUGCCCAGUGAGGGGAACAUCACUCAGUCUUAGUGACACUGAGCAGUGAUCUUGUAUCAACCCAUAGGCUGGCUGUGAGCAAAGCACACCUGGGAACACCACAAAGAGCCCUCUGCUCCCAGGCACAGCCUCAGCUUGUGCCAGCAGCAGGGAGUCCUUCAGCCCCUAGCCCUGUGUACUUCCAUCACUGCUAGACCUGAGGAGCACAGUCACAUCCCACACUGCACACAAACACACCAUUUAUUGUUUGACGCCAAAAAUUACAGCCUUGGAAAGAGGUAGGCUCCCUGCAAAAAUAAAUAAUCACAUUUUUCAA